AUGACUGAAGUCGAACCUGCGCGUGAGGAAGAAACAAAGCCUUCUGUUUCCUCCAACGCAGCAGAAGAAUCUCCUACUAAUGCUACCUCCACGGCAGCCGCUGCCGCAGCAGCUUCUUGGAAAAGUCGGUUUCCUGUCGCUCGUAUAAAAAAGAUUAUGCAAGCUGACCAGGAUGUUGGCAAGGUAGCUCAGGUUACCCCCGUCAUUAUGUCUAAAGCAUUAGAAAUGUUUAUGCAAAGCAUAAUUAAUGAAUCUUGCCAACAAGCACGUUUACACCAAGCAAAGCGUGUAACCGUUUCCCAUUUGAAACAUGCGGUGAAAAGUGUUGAACAAUUUGACUUUUUACAAGACAUUGUGGAAAAGAUUCCUGAUGCUCCACCUAUCAAAGCCGAACGAAAACCAAAACGCCCCCGUACUCGUCGUCCCCCCCAGAAUUCUGAAAACACUGAAAAUACUCGUCAAGCUUCAAAGAAAUCAAAGACAAAGGAGUCGAAAAAGGCCGCCGAAUCAGUCAAAGAAGAAGAGGAAGAGCAGGAGCAGGAGCAGGAGCAGGAGCAAGAGCCAGAGCCAGAGCCAGAGCCAGAAGAAACAGCAGUUGAAUCAGAGGGCGGAAGUGAAAUCAUCAAAAAGGAAGAAUCAGCUGAGGCAGAUGCUAUGUCUGAAAAAACCGCUAGCGAAAAUUCAAAUUCUUCAGGUGAAGCAUAA